AUGUCGUCUUUACAAAGGUGGUGGUGUGCAUUUCUAGUUCUAUUCAUCGUUUUGAGUGGUACUGAUGCCAAAUUCCAUAGGCACCCUCGAAGAAAAUCAGUGGUUUAUCGAACAAUCUUUGUUGAUCCAUCAGGUAAAGGUAAUUUUACAAGUAUCCAAUCCGCCAUUGACUCCGUGCCUUCAAACAACAAUAAAUGGAUUUGUAUAUACAUCAAAGCUGGUGUAUACAGUGAAGAGGUGAAAAUUUCUUACGACAAGCCAUUCAUCUUCCUCAAAGGAGAAGGAAAAUGGAAAACUUACGUAGUUUCGGAUAAUUAUGGUUCAAUUGAAACAAGUGCUACUUUCACUUCUGAUGCAGACAACAUAAUCGUCAAAAGCGUGACUUUCAUAAAUUCUUACAACAAUCCCUCUUGGAGCUCUGGUAACCCAAUGAGGACAGCGGUGGCAGCAAAGAUAUCCGGGGAUAAAUCAUCCUUUUAUCGAUGUGGGUUUUUGGGAUUGCAAGAUACUUUGUGGGAUGUUCAAGGUAGACACUACUUCAAACUUUGCAGUAUCCAGGGAGCUGUUGAUUUCAUCUUUGGUUCUGGCCAAUCCAUUUAUGAGAGAUGCACAAUAUCAGUUAUUGCAAGCGUGCUAAAUGGUAUUACGGGAUUCAUAACAGCUCAAUCAAGAAAGAGCCCUUAUGAGACCAAUGGUUUCGUGUUUAAGGAUUGUAACAUAGUCGGGAAUGGAAAGACAUUCUUGGGAAGAGCAUGGAGAGAUUAUUCUCGUGUCGUAUUUUAUAACACCACAAUGUCUGAUGUUGUCGUUCCCGAAGGAUGGGGUCCUUGGGUAGUUCCGUCUGGUCACGAGUACCAAUUAACAUUCGCCGAGUAUGAAUGUCGAGGAGUUGGAGCAAAUACUGCAGGGCGUGUAAAGUGGGCAAACAAGUUGAGUGUGAACGAGUUGACUCAAUUAACGAGCAUGUCUUUUAUUGAUGAAGAAGGAUGGAUGAGCAAACAAGUUUUCAACAUGAUGGACUAA